AUGGCUGAAUUGGCUGGAAACAUUCCACAUCAAAAUAUCCCGCAUCAAGUUGAACAAAGUUAUCAAGCAGAUUAUGGAAACAAUUACCAUGACGGAGGAAUUCCUACUGGGGGAAGUGAAAAUAAAUACGUAGGAGGCGACAAAUACGCAUCGGGAGCUGAACUGACCAGUUUAGCCCAUAGUUCGGCUUUACAAGCUAAAACAGCCGUUCAAAAUCAACACACAGCCGGAAGUCAAGCUGCUUAUGGUGCUAAGAGUAGUUUAGCCCAAGCUGCACUUGGAGCCGCAGCUACAGCUCAAGCAGCUCUGGUUGGAAAGCAAGUGAUCGCCCAAGGUUUAAAGAAACAACUGGCGGAAGCUCAGCACCAGCUUCAAGCGGAAGUUACCCAGUACCAUCAGACACAAUCAGCCGCUCAGGCCGCCCAGGAAUCCGCCCAACAGGCUCAAAACCAAUUGAACGCCAUGACGGCCGCCAUGGCAACUAGUCAAGGCAGCGCCCAUCACGCCUCGGCCGCCGCUUCCGAAGCCGCCAAUGCUGCUGCUUCUCAACACGCACUGGUGACAGAAGCUAAACAACGCAUGGCUCAAAUCACAGAACGCCUUCAUACUGCUAUGGGUGAAUUAGCUGAAACAGAAACAUUGGCACAGAAGGCUUUGGCGGCUGCAGCUAUAGCACAGUCUAAUGCUGCUGCUGCAGGAGCUGCAGUUGCUGUUGCGGCUGAAAGUUCCCAACAUACAACAGGCCAUGGACAAGAUAAUGGUGGCCAAGUGCAAGGAGUUCCAUACUUCCACUAAAUUCAAGAUCUGUCAGAUCUGGAUGAUAACAAGGCUAAUAAGUGUUUGGAAACUAAGAUGUCAACGAAGAGAUGUAGUUCACAGGCACAAAGUUUUGUCAUUAGAGAACUGCUGAGUAAUUCUUGAGAUGUAUAGGCAUUUUUAGUUAGAACUGAUAUGUAUAAUUAUGUAUUUAUAAAACUAUUCAUUAAAGUUUUAC